AUGGUUUUGCUAAUCUUAUCAGUCUCGGUAAUACCUUGGCAUUAUCGAAAAGCAUUGUUUUUCUUUGCACUUUACAUACUAGCAGUUGGUGAAGGUGGGCAUAAACCAUGUGUACAAACCUUCGCAGCAGACCAAUUUGACCAGAACUUGCCCGAGGAAAAGAAGGUCAAGAGCUCAUUUUUCAAUUGGUGGUACUUCGGAAUAAUGGUUGGUGCCACUUCUGCCAUAAUAGUGGUAGUAUACAUGGAGGGCCAUAUUAGUUGGGUGGCAGGGUUUGGAACAUUGGCAUCAACGUUGGGAGUGUCGCUGGCAAUAUUUCUUUUAGGGAUAAAGAGGUACAAGAAGCAGGGUCCCAUUGGGAGCCCAUUCACCAAGGUGGUGCAGGUGUUUGUGGCGGCCGCACAUAAGUGGCACGUGAACAAUACACAUGACGUUUUGGGUGUUUGUUUUGGAGAAAAGUUAAAUGAUGUCCAAGCUCAACUAACAGUAGCUCAAAAUUUGGCUCAUACUAAACAAUUCAGGUUUUUGGAGAAAGCAACUAUCAUUGACAACAUUGACGCAUCAAGUGAAAGUAGAAAUCCUUGGAGGCUAUGCUCACUAAAUCAAGUAGAGGAAGUGAAGCUUGUCCUCCGCCUCAUUCCCAUAUGGUUGAGUUCCUUAAUGUUCGGUGUAGUUGCGACCAAUAUUUCGACCUAUUUCACCAAGCAAGGUAGUACAAUGAUCCGAUCAAUCGGACCCCACUUUCAGAUUCCAGCAGCAUCACUUCAAGCCUUUGUUGGCAUAACUAUCAUGAUCACUGUUCCAUUGUAUGACAGAGUUUUAGUCCCAAUUACAAGAAAAUUCUCUGGACACCAUUCUGGUAUUACUUUGCUACAAAGGGUUGGCAUUGGUCUAUGUAUAUCAUUGCUAACUAUUGUUGUGGCAGCUCUAGUAGAGGCUAAAAGGGUUAGCAUUGCAAAACAAUAUGACCUUGUUGACAAGUAUAAAGAAAUUGUUCCAAUGAGUGUGUGGUGGUUACUUCCACAAUACAUACUAAGUGGCUUGUCUGAUAUGUUCACAUUUGUUGGGCUCCAAGAAUUGUUCUAUGAUCAAAUGCCAGAGUCAUUGAGAAGCUUGGGAGCGGCAGAAUAUGUUAGUGUUUUAGGAGUUGGAAGCUUCAUUAGCAGUGCUAUUAUAUCUAUUGUGCAGGCAAUCAGCUCAAGUUGUGGUGAAAAAUGGCUUGGUAACAAUCUUAAUCGCGCACACCUUGAUUACUUCUAUUGGGUGCUAGCAGGGUUGAGUGCCUUGGACCUGUGUGUAUGUCUAUGGAGUGCUAUGCGUUAUAUGUACAAAAAACUUGAAGGGGAUGAGAUACUUGCAUCAAAGUAG